UAUAUCAACGUGGUUAAGCAAACAAGGCUUAGUUGGAGUUGCGAGCAAGAAACAGAAGCCUUGAUUUUCUUCUAUUUUUGGAUCGUCUUCACGAGGUUUAGUUUUCAGAGUUCAAAUUGGUAAACCUUGAGGUUUUGAGUUUCCAAAAUUAUUCAUUUCCUUCGCUGAAGAAUGACAAAGAGUUACUUCAAACAAGAGCAUGAUCUUGAGAAGAGAAGAGCUGAGGCUGCUAGGAUUAGGGAGAAAUACCCAGACCGUAUCCCGGUGAUUGUGGAGAAGGCAGAAAGAAGUGAUAUCCCAAGUAUUGACAAGAAAAAGUACCUUGUACCUGCUGAUCUGACAGUUGGACAGUUUGUCUAUGUUAUCCGCAAAAGGAUUAAAUUAAGCGCAGAAAAGGCAAUCUUUAUCUUUGUGGACAAUGUCCUUCCACCUACAGGAGCAAUUAUGUCUGCCAUAUAUGAUGAGAAGAAGGAUGAGGAUGGGUUUCUUUAUGUUACAUACAGUGGGGAGAAUACCUUCGGGGAUCUGACUUCCCACUAGCAUUUUAUAGACUGAUGCUAAUCCAUUUGCUUUAAUUUCUCACUGGCUUGUUUCAUAAAUUUGCAUCGGUGCUCGAUGUAAAAGAACAUUGCUCUCAAUAUUAUGUACAGUUGUAUAUAAAUUCUAAGAAGAUCCUGUUUAAUGUUAAAAUGUUUCCUCCUUUUCAGUCUUGCAACA